GAAAUCUUAAAUCCACGAAUUAAAUCCGCGUUGGAGAGAUGAUAUCAGAGAUCACUGGACAGCCCAAAUCGUUAAAUCUACAAAUCUACAUCGACAAUCUACAAUCUACACAACAUUAUCUAAACUUGCAUGACACAGCCUUAAACCUUUUUACGACUUACGAUAUUUAUUCUCGGGACUGAUUGGAAACCGAGUCACGAUCUAAUCUCUGUUCUUUCAUAGCAGCAUAAUUAAAAACGUGUGCGUGUCCUUGUAAAAUUGCAUUCCUUUUCCAUCUCGGAGUAUCUUGUUGAAUGUGGUAAACAUCCCUCAGAGCAUGGCCUAACAUCUCUAUACCAUUCUCCCUUCUGUUUUCCAUAAUACCUACCUAGGUAAACCAUUCACAAUGGCUUCCUCCCCGACGCAAAUACCUAUCAUCCAGGUCACCAACGGCGAUGUGGCUGCGCCCUCUCCUCAUAUUCCCGACAGUCGCGACCUCGCCGGACAAUCUGUAGCAUCACCAUCCGUCCCCUCAUCUGACCCGCCCCCGAACACUCGGCGAUGUUUCGUCUGCCUUACCGACGAGCCCGAGGCUACCUUACCCUCUGAUUGGUCGAAGCCAUGUACAUGUUCGUUAGAAGGACAUCACGAGUGCCUCAUGGCUUGGGUUACCGAUCUCGAAAACCAAGAUAAGGACAUCAAGUGUCCCAUAUGCAAAUCUCCUAUUACCAUUACCGAGAAAUGGGAUCUAGCAAUACAACUCAGCCAGUACCUGAACAGGAAGUUCUCCAGAUGGUCGCCACGCAUUCUAUUUGGUUUCAUUGCGUCGGGCGCCCUAGUUAGCAGCUCCGUUUACGGCGCAAAAGCUAUCGACCUAUUUGCGGGCCCCGACGCUACGAUCAACUUCCUACUCAACUCCGAGCUAAAAACCAAAACUUUGGCUGAGGUUAUGCGCCAGCCGAGCGAGACGGGAGGCACGGACGGCGCACUACCCAUUAACUUGUUGCAUUUUGCCGUGCUUCCCCUCAUCGCCCCGGGCCUCGUACUCAACAGACUACGUUUAGGGGAGGUUAUCUUGAUCCCAGCGUCCCUACUGUAUGCGACGCUUAUCGAUCAGACGAACGAAUACGUCGCCUGGCCGCCGUCCCCCGAACGAGCCUUGACCCUUUACCCAGCAGUCAAAGCGACCUACUUCCACCUAUACAGCACCAUUUCUAAGAACCUUGAGAAGCGAUGGGCGGCGCAGGCGCGAAGACUAACACCCCACGGAGGAGCCGAGCAACCGCCCGCAGUCCAAGAACCCCCCGAGGCGCAGGAAGGCGGGAACCUUCUCGACUUCGAAAUCGAUAUCCAGAUAGGAAUCGAGGACGAGGAGGAAGCGGAUAAUGACCAAGUCAACCGUCGAAAUAGAGCUUUGGACGGCGGAAGAUCUCCUGUUAACUUCCUGGCCGGAGCCCUCGUCUGGCCGGGCGUGUGCUACGGGAUGGGCGAGCUGCUGCGAAUGGUCCUACCCUCGCGAUUCACCACGCGCCCGCUACUGGGCCCGAAUACGGGCAUUCUCCAAGAGCGAUGGGGACGAAGUCUGGUUGGCGGUUGUCUGUUCGUCGUGCUAAAGGACGCAUUCUUCUUGUGGGUCAAGUACAGACGUAUGAUGAACCGCGCAUCCCGACGUAUCAAGAACGCAGAGAAUCGCAACCCGCUUCGUUAAAAGACUGAACUAGUCGACAAAAGGUGCGGGGGGAAUCAACCUUGAAGCAUGAGGAAGAAAGAAGAAGAAAAAUAAAAAGCAGGCGUUUGGGAAGCUCUCUACUUGAAUUGAUGGACUUACCUAGGGAACGGGCAUCUGAAUUGUCGAAGGCAUAGCAACUUGUGCGGCGGACGGAGAUUAAAGCAUAGGCGUGGAUCCUGCUCACGGGACUUUUUUGUUUUGUAAGAUACCAGGUUAAUUUUUGCUUCCGCGUGCCGGGACACGGCGUCGGCGAUGCUAGAGGCUAAUGCUCAUUUGUUUGUUGAAUGGGGUGUGCGUCUUCUGAGAGCCGGGUGAUUCUGCUUGUGAGAUACUUGAUGGCGUAGAUUUCGGGGCGGAAUGAGGAUUAAGUGAGUGUUCUGUUACUAACUGGUUUGAGGGUAGGUUUUGAGUGAGUUAUUACCUACUGUGUCCGUAUGUUAUGAAGACUGAUGAGAUGUGUCUACAUAGGUAGUUAGAGCUUAAGUGAGAUUCUACUAUCCCGCUGAUUGGCCCUCA